CACACGGACGGGGUAGCAGAGCGACGAGCAGCAGGCAGAGCAGUUCAUAAAAUUCCAGCAGCGACGACUACGAAUUUCCAGCAUCGGAAUAACAAACAGCGAUUAAAGAGAGCGCCUUGCUGCCUUAAGAGAGACGAUGUCGUCACGUAUGUUUAAAUUCGGUGUCACCGCCGCAAGCGCCUGUGCAGGCUCUGUGAUUGCCGCAUGGAGCAUUGAUCGGUGGAAUUCUCCACAUGUGGUUAAUAAUGCCGUGCAACGCCCACCCAAGCGUAAGCGUACUCUGCCCAUGCGCAGCGAACAAAUCAAAUCCCUAAUGAGCGGCGACGAAUACGAUGUGCUAAUUAUUGGUGGCGGCGCCACCGGCGCUGGUUGUGCCCUCGACUCCGUGACGCGAGGUCUGAAGACGGCGCUCGUGGAGCUGGAUGACUUUGCCAGCGGCACCUCUUCGCGCUCCACCAAGCUAAUUCACGGCGGCGUGCGCUACCUGCAGAAGGCUAUUUUGGGCCUAGAUCUUGAGCAAUAUAGAAUGGUUAAGGAGGCGUUGGCGGAGCGCGCCACUAUGCUCGAGUCUGCGCCACAUUUGACGCAUCCACUGCCAAUUAUGCUGCCCGUAUACACGUGGUGGCAGGUGCCCUAUUACUGGGUGGGCAUUAAGGCAUACGAUCUGGUGGCCGGCGAUCGUAAUGUGAAGAGCUCCUAUUUGCUGUCGAAGAAGGAUGCUUUGGAGCUGUUUCCCAUGUUGAAGAAGGACAAGCUGUGCGGCGCCAUUGUCUACUAUGAUGGCCAGCAGGACGAUGCACGUAUGUGUCUGGCGGUGGCUUUAACAGCGGCCCGUCAUGGCGCCACUGUGUGCAAUCAUGUGGAGGUUAAGGAGUUGCUCAAGAAAGACAACGGCAGCGGAAAACAGGUACUGUGCGGCGCCAAGGUCAAGGAUCAUAUCUCUGGCAAAGAAUUUACGGUUAAGGCCAAGUGCAUCAUCAAUGCCACGGGUCCCUUCACCGACUCCAUACGCAAAAUGGAUGAUCCGACGGUGAAGAGCAUCUGCUGCCCCAGCUCGGGCGUACACAUUGUGCUGCCGGGCUAUUAUAGUCCCGACCAAAUGGGUCUGCUCGAUCCCUCAACGUCCGAUGGACGCGUUAUCUUCUUCCUACCCUGGCAGCGCCAAACGAUUGCCGGCACCACAGAUCUGCCCUGCGAAAUAACGCACAGUCCAACACCAACCGAGGACGAGAUCCAGUUCAUUUUGAGCGAAAUCAAAAAUUAUCUCAAUGCCGACGUUGAGGUGCGUCGCGGCGAUGUGUUGUCCGCCUGGAGCGGCAUACGUCCACUCGUCUCUGACCCCAACAAAGAUGACACACAGUCCCUGGCCCGCAACCAUAUCGUCCAUGUCAGCCCCUCGAAUCUGAUCACCAUUGCCGGCGGCAAAUGGACCACAUACAGAGCUAUGGCGGAGCACACUCUUGAUGCGGCUGUCAAGGCGUGCAACUUGAAGCCAGAGCGCGCCGAGGCUGUCACAUCAUAUCUGAAGAUCGAGGGUGGCCAGGGCUGGACACCCACCAUGUAUAUCCGCUUGGUGCAGGAUUUCGGCCUGGAGUGCGAGGUGGCCCAGCAUCUGGCUAAAUCGUACGGUGAUCGCGCCUUUGCCGUGUCCAAGAUGGCAUCGCUAACCGGCAAGCGCUGGCCGAUCAUUGGCAAUCGCAUCCAUCCCGAGUUCCCCUAUAUCGAUGCUGAGAUUCGUUACGGUGUGCGUGAAUAUGCCUGCACGGCUGUAGACAUGAUUGCACGUCGGUUGCGCUUGGCCUUCCUUAAUGUGCAGGCAGCCCAGGAAGCACUGCCCAUUGUGGUGGACAUUAUGGGCGAAGAGCUGCAAUGGUCCAAGGAGGAGAAAGAGCGCCAAAUCAAGCACGCCACUGAAUUCUUAGCCAACGAAAUGGGACACGCUAUCAAUCGCACGUCCAAGGAGAGGAUACCCAUUAAGCUAUCCAAGGAGGAGAUUCAGACAUAUGUGAAACGCUUCCAACUUAUCGACAAGGACAAGAAGGGCUACGUCUCCAUCAACGACAUACGCCGCGCCCUCAAGAGCUUCGGCGACGGCGAUGUCUCCGGCGAGCAAUUGCACGACAUCCUCAAGGAGAUUGACACCAACAUGAACGGCCAGGUGGAGCUGGAUGAAUAUCUGCAGAUGAUGUCAGCGAUUAAGACUGGAGAUGUGGCCUAUUCCCGUUUCGCUCGCAUGGCCGAGUUGGAGGAGCAGAAGCACGAGGCGGCCAAUCUGAAGCAGAAGAUCAGUGUCGAUCGUUCCGGCGGCGGAUUGUAAAUGACUUAAUAAACAAGGAUACGUCACGCUUACAUCUACGAGCACAUCUAAACUAGGAUUAAGUCACAACGAAUUAUAUACAAAUUAUAUAAAAUGAACUUCUUUACAUUUUGCUGUUAAUAAAGUCUUAAAACUCACCCAUCUCAACUCA